ACGACCAUCAAAAGGGUAAGCGCAAAAAAAACAAAGUCCCCUUUUAGCGUUUCUUCUUUCUCUCCCUUCUAAGCUUCUUUUCUAGCAAGACAUGCUGAGAUCUCACUUUCUACGUGCCACGCAACUGGCACAUCGACGCUGUCUAAACACGACCGCAGUAAGAACAAGCGCAAGCCGACGCCACUUUCCUCCAGCAACCCACACACCCUCGGUCGAGCAAGCCGUGUACAACAUUCUCCAUAACACGACAGAACCAAAACCUACCAGAGGUCGCCAAAUCCUGAGCUGUUUGGCUCACAACGAACCCGGCGUCAUCACGCGUGUUUCGGGCAUCUUGCAAUCUCGAGGAUUCAAUAUUGAGUCGUUUGUGGCCGCACAUACCGAAUUGCCUGGAUUGAGUCGAAUGACAGUCGUGUUGAAUGGUGAUGGCAAUCAGAUAGAACAAGCAAAGCAUCAGCUGGAAGAUAUUGUACCAAUGUGGGCCGUUUUAGACUAUACCCAUACCAAGCUGGUCGAGCGUGAACUCCUUCUUUUGCGCGUCUCAAUCCUAGGUCCUGAAGGCCAGAGUGAGGAAGCUCAGAAACUUGAAGAAGAACAUGACGAGGGCGACGUGGUCUGGGCGUCCAAGAAACUGCGGGAAACAUCAGCACAUUUGCGUGCAUUAACUGAACUGACGCGUCUAUUUGAAGGAAGACUUUUGGACGUAUCGUCAGAUUCGGUGAUCAUCGAACUCUGUGCAAAGCCUGGUCGUAUCACGUCUUUCAUUAAAUUGUGCAGACCGUUUGGUCUUUUGGAGGCCUCUCGAACAGGUGUCAUGGCUCUGCCCCGUGCGCCUUUGCCAGAAGAAGAACCACAAGAGGAUGAAUUUGAGGAUGACCAUGAAGCUGUGGAUGCUACUUCUCUUCCACCGGGUUAAUGAAAAACUUAUAGUAUG